AAGCAUCAUGGGAACGAAUGCCCGAAUUGUCCUUCCAGAGACGCUUUAGUCACGAGUUCAGCAGAAGUGUCGUUGCGAGGCGUUACGUCACCGCUACUUUUCUAAGUAAACUAAAUAGAAGAAUUGCUGUCGUAGGUCCACUUUGUGACGGAGAACAGUGACGAGGCCUUUGAAAAGUAAUGAUGGAAGAAGUACGUCAGGGCAGCAAUGGCACUGAGUCAAAGGCUGCCACAGUUCCCGCGACCAUCACAGCAUCACAAAUCUCACAAAUAGCCCAACAGAUGUCAGUUGGCAGUUCUCCUGUGACAGUUGUGCAACUCCCAGGAGGUCAGUUUCAGGUUCAAGGGGUAAUCCAGUCUGCACAGUCCUCAGUUAUACAGUCCCCUCCAGUACAGACUACACAGACCCAAGGUACAGAUAGUGAAGAUUCACAAGACUCAUCAGAUAGUGGGGUUACAGCUCAAAAUACAAGAGAGAUCUUGGCAAGACGACCCUCAUACAGAAAAAUCUUAAAUGACCUUUCAUCUGAGGAAAUGACUUCAAACAUUGAAGCAAAGACUAACAGCCCAGUAUCCACUGGGAUGACAGGUGUUACUGUACCAACCACCCAAAUCUACCAGACCAGUAGCGGCCAGUACAUUACCAUAGCUGCUAAUGGCACAAUUCAGCUGGCGACUCCAGGGUCCGAAGCCAUUCAAGCACUGCAGACUGUUGGCAUUGCCAACUCUGGUGGGACCCAGCAAGGCACCACCAUACUUCAGUAUGCCCAAACACCUGAUGGUCAACAGAUAUUGGUACCGAGCAACCAGGUUGUUGUACAGGGUGCUGGUGGAGAAGUGCAAACAUAUCAAAUUCGCACAGCAUCCACAUCCAGCUCUCUGCCUCAGACCGUAGUCAUGUCUUCUCCCAUGGGUCUAACUGAUAGCAAGGCUGACGAUCCAACACUGAAGAGGGAAAUUAGACUCGCAAAAAACAGAGAGGCAGCUCGUGAGUGUCGACGGAAGAAAAAGGAAUAUGUGAAAUGCCUGGAAAACCGUGUUGCUGUUCUUGAGAACCAGAACAAGACCCUGAUUGAAGAACUCAAAACAUUAAAGGACCUUUACUGUGUUAAAACAGGAUAAAGGUUUGAGGGGGGAAAGGUCAGACGGCUCAACCAUGUGGACAUUACGGGGUUCCUGGGAACACUUCUUUUCAGGCUGAGAUACUCCAGUUUUGUUUUGUUUUUUACUGUUUCAUACAAAAGUUACAAGUGAUGGCAAAUAAAUUGGCCAUUUUUCCACCUAUUUUUAAAAAAUUGCUAAUACUAUAACAUUUAUAGUUGUGUACAUUUUUAAUACUGAGAGGUUUGAAAUUGUGAACUGAGCUUGUUUAUAAAAGUGUCCCUUUUUUAAGUAUCACAGUUGGAUCUUCAAAUCUUCUAACAGCAAUUGCAUAAUUUUGACACAAUGAUUGUGACAAGCAUCCUGUUAUGUUUAUGAACCAGCAAUUUCCCCAUAAAUGUUGAAAUUGUCAUUCCUUAUUUUUUGUGCAAUGGUAACAGAAACCAAGACAAUGUGGCUGGUUUGGUUUUUACUCAGCAUUUACUUAGACAAUCAGGGAAAAGGUGUCCAAGUAAUAUUUAUGUGCAACUUAAAACGAGUGGGGGAAUAAUAGUGUAUGAGAUACUCCUGAAUCUGUAAUUAAAUAAAUAUAUUUUCACUCAAUACAGUUUUUACAGUGGAUUUUUUUUUUAUUAUUAUGCUCUGUUAAAAAGCUUAACUAGAGAAAGUGGCUAUGUUUUUGCUGCACUGUUUGAAAUGUUGAUAAAUAAAUAAUACCUGGCAACUA